AUGAUCGUUAACAUUAGCGGCAAGGUGACCGCCAUCAGCCACCAAUAUUGUACCAGUCACAAAACUAGCAUGAUCACCGGCCAAGUAGGCAACAGCGUUGGCAAUAUCCUGUCCCUCACCGACGCGUCCGACCGGAUUUUAUUCAUAGUGUCGAGAAGUCGGUCGACAUCUUCCUCUUUGGUCACGUCUGCCACCACUGGAACAAUACGUCCAGUGAUCACAACAUUGGCACCACUUUUGGCCAAUAGUAGAGCAGUGGCGGCACCGAUACCUGAACUCGAACCAGUUAUGAGGGCCACCCGUCCCGUAAAAUCAUAA